AUGCUUAGUGUGCGCAAAGGACUUCGAGUGCGAGUGUUCUGUGUUCUCAUACGUACCGUGUGCCGGCGCAGUUCUCGUCGCGCCGUAUCACUGCGCGCGCGCCUCUUUUUGUGAUUUGUUGAUUUUUUAAGGGCCAUCAUGCCUCCCACUCCGGACUACAGCGUCGACCUGGACCUGGGCGAGCCUCCACCAGAGCUAAUGGAGUACGCUCACCAGCAUCUUGGAGAAGACCCCAGCACCAGACUCCAAGCCAUAUAUGAACUCAGAGAAAUGAUUUACGAACGUGGUGAAUGUACCCCUCAUCGCAUGGAUGACGAAUUCUUGAUCAAAUUCCUGCGCGCGCGCAAGUUUAUCCCGAGGAGGGCUCAUAGAUUGCUUGUAAACUACUAUCAAUUCAAAGAAGACAAUCCAGAACUGUUCAAGGACGUCUUCCCUCUUGACUUAAGGAAAAUUGGAGAUGCUGGUGUGAUCACCGUCCCUCCAUACAGGGACCAAGGCGGACGCAGACUGCUGUUCUAUAGAAUAGGUUGUUGGAACCCGAAGGUGGUACCUGUGGAAGACUUGUUCAAAGCGACCAUCAUGGCUAUGGAGCUAGGUUUGCUGGAGCAGAGGUCGCAGAUAUUGGGUGGAGUAGCUGUGUUCGACCUGGAAAAUAUUGGCACCCAGCACGCGUGGCAGAUCACACCCUCCGUCGCAUCCAAAAUAGUCAAACUUAUGGUGUCAUGUUUCCCGCUAACAACGCACGCCAUUCACAUCAUCAACCACUCGUGGAUGUUCGACAAGAUCUACAACAUCUUUAAACCCCUGCUGAACGCCUCCAUGCGCUCCAGGAUCUACUUCCAUGGCCACGACUACAAGUCCUUGCACAAACAUAUAGACCCAGAGCACUUGCCAGAGAGGUACGGUGGAAAAUGGCCAGAUUACUCUUACACCAUCUGGCUGAAUUCUUUGAAGAAGAACUUUAGCGUGGCGAAAGAAGUAAUCAGCUAUGGGUAUAAAUUCCGUGAAGAAGAAGUGGAUCCGGAGGUAGUGAGGCAGCUGAAAGCAGAAGGUGUUAAGUUGUAUUAA